AUGCCUUUUCCAGUUACAGCGCAGGGAUCACAGCAGACGCGGCCGCCCCAGAAGCACUAUGGUAUCACUUCUCCUAUCAGCCUUGCAUUCCCCAAGGAGUCGGACUGCACCCUUACACAGAAACUUGUUGAAACUCUGAAGCCUUUUGGGGUGUUUGAAGAGGAAGAGGAGCUGCAGCGCAGGAUUUUAAUUUUGGGAAAAUUAAAUAACCUGGUAAAAGAGUGGAUACGAGAAAUCAGUGAAAGCAAGAAUCUUCCACAAUCUGUAAUUGAAAAUGUUGGCGGAAAGAUUUUUACAUUUGGAUCUUACAGAUUAGGAGUACACACAAAAGGUGCUGAUAUUGAUGCAUUGUGUGUUGCACCAAGACAUGUGGAUCGAAGUGACUUUUUCACCUCGUUUUAUGAUAAAUUGAAAUUACAGGAAGAAGUAAAAGAUUUAAGAGCUGUGGAAGAGGCCUUUGUGCCUGUCAUCAAGCUGUGUUUUGAUGGGAUAGAGAUUGAUAUUUUGUUUGCAAGAUUAGCACUGCAGACUAUUCCAGAAGACUUGGACUUACGAGAUGACAGUCUGCUUAAAAAUUUAGAUAUAAGAUGCAUAAGAAGUCUUAAUGGUUGCAGGGUAACCGAUGAAAUUUUGCAUCUAGUACCAAACAUUGACAACUUCAGGUUAACUCUGAGAGCUAUCAAACUGUGGGCCAAACGCCACAACAUCUAUUCCAAUAUAUUAGGUUUCCUCGGUGGUGUUUCCUGGGCUAUGCUAGUAGCAAGAACUUGCCAGCUUUAUCCAAAUGCAAUAGCAUCAACUCUUGUACAUAAAUUUUUCUUGGUAUUUUCUAAAUGGGAAUGGCCAAAUCCAGUGCUAUUGAAACAGCCUGAAGAAUGCAAUCUUAAUUUGCCUGUGUGGGACCCAAGGGUAAAUCCCAGUGAUAGGUACCAUCUUAUGCCUAUAAUUACACCAGCCUACCCACAGCAGAACUCCACGUACAAUGUGUCCGUUUCAACACGGAUGGUCAUGGUUGAGGAGUUCAAGCAAGGUCUUGCUAUCACAGAUGAAAUUUUGCUGAGUAAGGCAGAGUGGUCCAAACUUUUUGAAGCUCCAAACUUCUUUCAAAAGUACAAGCAUUAUAUUGUACUUCUAGCAAGUGCACCAACAGAAAAACAGCGCCUCGAAUGGGUGGGCUUGGUGGAAUCAAAAAUCCGCAUCCUGGUUGGAAGCUUGGAGAAGAACGAAUUCAUCACACUGGCGCAUGUGAACCCCCAGUCCUUUCCAGCACCCAAAGAAAACCCCGACAAGGAAGAAUUUCGUACAAUGUGGGUGAUCGGGUUAGUGUUUAAGAAAACAGAAAACUCGGAAAACCUCAGUGUUGAUCUCACCUAUGAUAUUCAGUCUUUCACCGAUACAGUUUAUAGGCAAGCAAUAAACAGCAAGAUGUUUGAGGUGGAUAUGAAAAUCGCUGCAAUGCAUGUAAAAAGAAGGCAACUCCAUCAGCUGCUCCCUAAUCAUGUGCUUCAGAAAAAGAAAAAGCAUUCAGCAGAAGGUGUCAGAUUGGCAACUUUGAAUGACAACAGCCUCGACUUGUCCAUGGACAGUGACAACAGCAUGUCUGUGCCUUCACCCACUAGUGCUAUGAAGACCAGUCCAUUGAACAGUUCUGGCAGCUCUCAGGGCAGAAACAGCCCCGCUCCGGCUGUAACAGCCGCCUCUGUGACCAACGUCCCGGCUCCUGAAGUUUCUGUGCCACAAGUCAAUUCCAGUGAGAGCUCAGGGGGUACAUCGAGUGAAAGCAUUCCUCAAACUGCCACACAGCCAGCCAUUUCUCCACCACCAAAGCCUACGGUCUCCAGAGUCGCUUCUUCAACACGUCUGGUAAACCAGCCACCUAGAACUUCAGGAAACGCAACAAAAAUACCUAGUCCUGUAGUAGGAGUGAAGAGGACAUCCUCCCCACAUAAAGAAGAGAGUCCUAAGAAAGCAAAAACAGAAGAGGAUGAAACAAGUGAAGAUGCUAACUGUCUUGCUUUGAGUGGACAUGAUAAAACAGAAACAAAGGAACAACUUGAUACCGAGACAAGUACGACUCCGUCAGAAACUCUGCAGACGGCGGCUGCCCUGCUGGCCUCGCAGAAAACAUCCAGUACAGACCUUUCUGAUAUCCCUGCUCUCCCUGCAAAUCCUAUUCCUGUUAUCAAGAAUUCAAUAAAACUGAGAUUGAACCGGUAAAACAACCUCAGGGGUCCAUAGAUAAUAUCUGCCAACUCAACCUGUUGUCUUCAAAUGCUAAGAGAGGCGACUGGAGGGGACAAGACUAGAUGGGAAUGGAAUGGAUUUGGGCUUUGGUGACCUCCCACCUGGGCUAAGCAGCACUUGAACGGAAGUCCAGGUUAGUAUGUGGAGCCAGGAGGACUGUUCUUAAUGUGGUAGCAACAGUUGCAUUAACUAUUUCAAAAGAUUACUGCCUUUAAAAAUCAAAACAAAGAAACAGAAAAAACCACCUCAAGUUACAUUUGUAUCCAUAUUCAACAUCUGGAUUGGGUUUAUGUGUGAUGCAUUGUUUGGAAAUUUCACAGUACAAACUGGCAUAAGAAUUUCUUAUUCUGAUGAUGCACUUUUAUUAUCAUUUUUUUUUUUUAAAGAAAGUAGAAGUACUUUGUGAUUUUCUGCUUGGUGGAUUUUCUUUUUCCUCCCCCUGAAGAAUUUUCUUUACCCUUAGUCUUCAAAUUGGAUCCCAUUGUGCAUGUUGUACUGGUAGACUUCAGAGAAAGGAAAAGAGGGCUUCUAAUUCAG